CCUUCUUCGGUAUUGAGCAGCAAGUGAAACUCGGCCUGAGGAAACUUAUGAGCAUUUUAGCCCCACAAAGCAAGUAAUGGAUCCCCUGAACUACAUCAGAGAAAAAGAUUCUACAGAGCAUGUCUCGCUUUUACACGAAUUUGAGCGUUUCGAGAACCGCUACUUGGGUUCGUAUGAUCCUGCUGUUGAUCAUCAUCCCCUAGAUGAGAUUAAUGCUUGCAUUGACUAUGACCUCUUCAUGCAAAUCCUUGAGGAAGACAAUGUGCCUGAACGUGCAAAGAAAAAUGUCGCGGGAAUUUGUAUGAAGGGUUCUCUGGAAUAUGCUCAGCAGCGCGAGUCAAAGAAAAUGAAGAAUGUAAUUUCUGUAGCUGGCACAAUCGAGAAAAGGAAGAUCCUUCAGGAAGGUGCAACAGAGAGUGAAAACAAAUGGCCCAGAAGGAAAAGAUUACAAAAGGGCUCUUUGGAAUAUGCUCAAAGGCAAGAGCUCAACAAAAUUAAGAACAGAAUCGCCGCUGCUCAUUCUUUCGAGAAAGUUCAGAAUCACAUCCUCGAAUUGGAGCAAAAGGCCGUAAGGAUGCGCAGGCAAAAUGAUAAUCGCAGAAAGCUGUUGGUGGAUUGGGCAGGACCAAAUGCGGUUGGUGGCUUUAGACCCUUGACAAGGACCUUUUCUGGACCACUUUGAUUCUGGGCCUGCAUAUUUUCAGACAUUAUCUUUUUUCUCCCCUAAACUCUUUGAUCAAUGUUGGAAGUUUAUGAUGAACAUCAAAAUCAUCAACACUCACAG